UCUCAAUGCGUUUGUUUGACAACUAAAAAUCAGCUGUUCGGUAUUUUUGACAACCUAGCAGAAUUCAAUUUUACCAGACCGCCUAACGGGUAAUCAUUGUAGUGCGAAAUUUUAAAUGUCAUUUGAUUUCGCGGGUCUUUGUUACAAUAAACAAAAAUAAAAAAAAAGUAAUUGGCGUCGUUUCGCGCAAGACGAAAAUUAGGUACCAGGUGGUUUGUUGUAAAAUAUUUCAUUUCAACUGAAAAUGUCGAAGAAGUUAAAUAAGAGUGGUUCCGCUGGAACACCAGGUAACAACCUUUUCAAAUAUUUUUCGCGUUCACCGGCUACGGCUGAAAAGAAAAAAAUCCCUAACACCCCUACUGAGGAAGAAACAAAAAAGAUUGGAAUUAAAUCUGAGAAGAAAAACCAUACAAAUGGAGAUAGCAUUAAUAGUGAUGAGCCGUCAGCUAAACGCAAACUUGAAAGCGAACUUAAGCUGAAUCAGAGUGCAUUGAUUGAUGCUGCUGAUGAUGAAGAAGAGAGUAUUACAGUCAAGCGUUUGAUCAAGAAAAGACAUCGCAUAAUAUUAUCCGACACUGACGAUGAAGAUGUUAGACCAAAGAAAAAGCAAAGGAAGGAGAGUGAGAAGGAUGACUUCAAACCAAGUGAUGAAGAUGAUGAUGAGAGCAGUUCACAGGAAAGUUCGCCCGAGAAAGAAAAAUCACCUCAAAAGAAAAAUAGUGACGAACCUCAACAAAAGAAAUCUAAAAAGGAAAAGGGCAGUUUCAAGGAGAAACUCGCUUCAUUACAAGCGUCGGCGACCAUCACAGAUGCAAAAACUACAGCCAAAAAUGAUGAAAAAUAUGAAAAGCUAGUGUGCAGUACAUCCACAUUGGAUGAGCCUGUAGUAUGGCCACAUCAAAAGCUCGACUUUUUACAACCAGAUAAAAUAAAAGAUAAGCAAGGCAGGCGUCCCGAGCAUCCAGACUAUGAUCCUACCACGCUACAUGUGCCGGAAAAAUACUUGAAUUCAUUAUCACCGGGUGUGCGUCAGUGGUGGGUCUUAAAAUCCGAUAACUAUGAUUGUGUGCUGUUCUUUAAAGUAGGAAAAUUCUAUGAACUGUACCACAUGGAUGCCGAAGUUGGUGUGCAAGAGCUGGGCUUUGUUUAUAUGCGUGGUGAAUUUGCACACUCUGGUUCACCGGAAGUAAGUUUUGACAAAAUGUCCAGCAUAUUAGUUGAUCGUGGUUAUAAGGUAGCUCGUGUGGAGCAAACCGAAACUACUGAGAUGAUGAGUGAACGCUGCAAAAAGACCAAACCGACAAAGUUCGAUAAAGUAGUCCGUCGCGAAAUUUGCCAGAUAUCCAAUCGGGGCACACAAGUAUUUGGCACACAAUGCCAGAUAACGCCACAUUAUCAGCCAAAUUACAUGUUAGCUGUAGUUGAAAAGAAUGAAACUAAUGGCGGCAGUAAAUAUGGCAUCUCCUACGUAGACACCUCUAUAGGUGAUUUUUACAUUGGCGAAUUUGAAGAUGACAAAAAUGGUUCGCGUCUGUUAACUUUACUUUCACAUCACAUGCCAGUUUUGUUGCUUUUUGAACGUGCCUCACUUUCUGAGCGUACGCAGGAAAUCUUUCGCACUAUGCUUUCCGGCAUCAUUAAAGAGCCUUUAGCCACCAAUGGCUCUAAAGUGUGCAGUGCAGAGAAGACACUGAAGCAUCUGGCCGAAAAAUAUUACGCCAAAUAUUCUGAAGACCCUAACAGUGGCGAUGAUUGGCCUUUAGCGUUACGUACAAUGCAAUCUGAGUCGGAUCAUCUGGGCCUAACGCCACGUGAUGGUUGCAAGCUCGCUUUGAAAGCGCUUGGUCAAUGCAUAAUGUAUUUACAACGUUGUCAACUGGAAGAAAAGGUACUGCCCAUGGCACGUUAUCAUCUUUACACACCACCAGACAUGUUAAAUGAGUUGGCAACUGAUAAAAAAUUGCAAACAAUUAAGCAAUAUUCCGAACGUCGGCGCCAUAUGGUUAUCGACGCAACUACGCUAGCUAACCUUCGUAUUACAGGCGAGGAGUAUUCGCUACAGGCCACGCUAGAUAGUUGUUGCACCAAAUUUGGCAAACGUAUGCUGCAUCACUGGAUUUGUUCGCCUAGCUGUGAAUUGGAUGUGAUUGUUGGACGUCAGGAGGCAAUUACCGAAUUAGUUGAGCAUACAGGGGAGUUGCAAGAACUACGCGCUUUACUCGCACCAAUGCCUGACUUUGAAAGGCAUUUGGCUCAAAUUCAUUUGUUUGGUAAUAAACGCAUUUCACAGGAUCAUCCAGACGGCCGUGCCAUACUCUUUGAAGAGAAGUUGUAUAAUAAAAAGAAGAUACAGAAUUUUAUUGGUAUAUUAAAGGGAUUUACAGCACUCAUGGAAAUACCAAAGACUUUAAGCGCCUUUGAAUCACCGCUCAUAAAGCGAUUGACGCAGCUGCAGCCGGUAGGUGGUUUCCCCAACAUGUCAAAACAAUUGGAUUUCUUUAAGAAUGCAUUUGAUCACGAAGCAGGCGCAAAAACUGGCGUGAUUGCGCCUGAGCAAGGUGUGGAUGCAGAUUACGAUGAAGCAUUAGAAAAUAUCAAAAGAGUAAAUGAUACAUUCAAAGAGUAUCUUAUUGAACAAGAGAAAUUUUUUGGUUGCCGCAUAACACCUGGUGGUGAUAAGAAUCGCUUCCAACUUGAGGUGCCUGAAAGUUCAGCUAGAAAAGCGGGCAAAGCUUAUCAAUUGGAGGGCCAACGCAAGGGCAACAAACCCAUACGUCGUUUCUCUACGAAUGAGACGCGUGCUUUGGUGAAGCAAUUGCAACAUGCUGAAACUGAACGUGAUGUCAUACUAAAAGAUUUGUCUAGGCGUAUUUUUGAAAAAUUCUCAAAACAUUAUGAACUCUGGAAGCAAUGCGUUGAUUGUGUCGCAAAUCUUGACGUUUUAGCCUCAUUGGCUGAGUAUGCGCGCGGACAGCAAGUUAUAUGUGUGCCUGAGUUGCAUGAACAAGCAGCUGAACAGCAGCCGUUUAUAUACAUAGAUGAGGGUUAUCAUCCUUGCGCAUCGAGCGACACUUUCAUACCAAAUGGCCUCAUACUUGGCACGGGUGAGACACAGGCACCGCUUUCCAUACUUACAGGUCCAAAUAUGGGCGGUAAGAGUACAUUAAUGCGACAGGUUGGCUUGUUGGUCGUAAUGGCACAGAUUGGCGCCCAUGUACCAGCAGCACAUUGUCGCAUGACACUCGUCGAUCGUAUUUUUACGCGUUUGGGCGCACAGGAUGACAUCAUGGCCGGGCAGAGUACAUUCUUGGUAGAAUUGAAUGAGACAUCAUUAAUUUUGAAACAUGCCACUGCUAACAGUCUCGUACUGCUCGACGAAUUGGGUCGUGGCACUGCCACAUAUGAUGGCACUGCUAUAGCCGCUUCAGUGGUUAACUAUCUCGCCGAUUUGAAAUGCCGCACGCUGUUCUCAACACAUUAUCACAAUCUUAUUGAGUAUUUCCAUAAGGACACUCGCAUUGCUUUGGGUCAUAUGGCCUGUAUGGUGGAAAAUGAGGACACUGACGAUCCUACACAAGAAACAGUAACAUUCCUUUAUAAAUAUACAGCUGGCGCUUGUCCAAAAUCAUAUGGCUUUAACGCUGCCAAGCUGGCUGGUAUGCCACAACCAAUUAUUAAACGCGCUUUUGAGCUAUCCAAACGCGUUGAGGCUAUUGCACUUAAGCGAAAGGUCUUGUCUAAAGUUGUUGCAGGCGCCGGUGUUGGUAGCAAAUGCAAUGAUUUGAAAGAAAUUAAAAAUCUACUAUUGCAGCUAAAAGCUUGUCGUGUUUAAAAAUUCUUUGCUGUUUGUUUUGUUUAUUCAUGUUUGUUAAGUCCGCCAUAUUCAUUUAUACUAUGCAUACGAAUAUUUCAAAAAUAUAUACACAUACCCAAAAUAUAGACGCUAUUAGCCAUUGCAAAAA